UUUGAAUGUUCUUUGUUUACUACCAAAUGGAUGAGCAAAUAAAACAAAAAGGUGUCCCAUUUUCCCCACCCUACUAUAUUUGUUUUUAGUAGGUUUUCAACCGUUCGAAAUAGUUAAUAUAGGACAUAGGUUGAAAUACUUUUAUCUGGAUUUGAGCUUUCUUUAAUAUGUUGAAGAUAUAGGAUCGAUAAAAAACGAGACUUUACGAUUUCAUUUAAAUGUCAUUGUGCUUUUGCUUGAAUAGUAGGUUUUGUUUACCAGGAGCAAGAAAACGAAGAAAUAUAUAUGGUAGGGUGGGAUGGGAUGCCUUUAGCAUAUAGUAUCCCAAUAUCUUGAUCCUGUUAUAAACAAUUAACAACGGUCUAUGGGAGUCGUAAGGAUAAGGUUUUAUAAAUUCUUUGAAUGUUGUUUGUUUAUUACCAGAACGGUCGAGGAAGUAAAUUAAAACGUGCCCCGUCUUCCCCCACCGCACUAUAAGAUGUUGAACUGAUUUAUUAAAUGGCUGUAGAUUGUGUAGAAGUACAGUACUGUUUAGCUGAUGCAUAAGAAAACACAAGAGACAAAAAGGGAGGGCCUUUAUUUUAACGGCCUAGUCAAAUAUAAUUAAAAUUAUACGAGAAUUCUUUAACCAACCAUAUUUUUUAUAACUUUAUUGACUCGGUUGUGGUGGGCGUUGUUUAGUUUGAAAUUCCAGUUGAUUUGAAACUAGCUGGUCAGAGCAAGAAGAAUGUCUGCAAAGAUAAUUAUGACUGCGUUGCUGUGUGCAAUCUGUAGCACUGUACAAAUCACUUUUCAAAUGAUUGCUCUGUUCAAUCCAGACUGGUUGGUGGGCAACAUGACGUUGUAAGUUAGUUAUAGCUGGAUUUGUGUUUGUUCAAAACUACUGUAGAAAAUGCAAAACAAUGAACUAGUUUUAGUGCAUUUUAAAAAUAAUCAUAUUGCGGCCAAACACUUAACUUCACGGUUAGUUUUUAAGACGAUUUAUAAGCAUUAACAUGUUACAGGGCCGCGGUCGAAUCAUUUCAAAAUCCUGUUGAUCCAGAUCGUUUGGAAGAUCGAAUGGCUGUACUAAACAGUUCAGCAAACGAAACUGAACUGUUUGCUGAGGCUCGGCAUGUCGAUCUGUCGAACACCACUGUUCAAAACAUUUACAUUGGUGCUGCAAUCGGUAUUUUUGAAACAAUUAAAAAUGGAAAAACAAGUGAAGAAAAUAGGGAAGGUUAAGUUAUAUACUGUUGUGCGUAACACAAAUCUACAAUUUCCUUCUGUUUUAGGUUUGAAGUCAGUUGUUGGAUUCAUUAUGAUAUCAUUGCUCGCUUCAGGGUUGAGUCUAUUCCAUUCCAUUACCCUCCUUUUUAGUGUGUGGUGCAGCGGAUUUAAAUCUUGCGACUCGUGUUGUGAAGCGUCCCGAAAACGAAUAAAAAACUGGAUUGCAAAGUUGAAUAACAUUAGUUCUACAAGCUAUUCUGCAGGUAUCAGCACUAGUGUCACUGACGCAAUGUUUGCUUUUACCGCCGACGACCUAGCUGAUGCAAAAUACGGAAAGAACCUGUACCUUUUGAUAGCGGGCAUUGCAGUAUCCGUUGUUGGUGGAUCUGCAAGCUAUGUAGUAAAGACUAGAGAAGUAGAAAAGUUUAACGACAAAGAAGAAAGCGACCGCAGACGGCAGAAUAUGGAAUUCCGAGCAACCUCACGAGCUUAACAAACUGAUAUAGGACAACAGUACUGUACUGUCUCUUUUAAGUUACGUAAAUUAUGUUUGUUGCUGUUGAUACUGCUAGAGAAUGAUAGGCUACACAGUAUCAACUGUAACGACGUCGACUAUCAAUAAGCAUACAAAUGAAAGUUAAUUU